UCUGUUUGGUGUGCGUGUGGGGGGAGGGGAUCUCCCACGAAACUUUUCCCUUUACGGAAGGCGGGACUGGAACAAUACCCGAUGCAUUGUUUGAACGCGAAGACCUUCGGCGCUUCUUUUUUUUCCCCUUUGAAUGCGCUCCCAUUGCCGCCGCCGCGGUGCUAGCGCGUUGCUUUCGUGUUUACAGCCGCUGCGAGGAAAGAGCCGCCCGGCAGAGCGAGCACAGCCGACAGCCAGAGCAGCCGGGCGGAUUUCACCUUGUUGCUGUUUGUUUCGGGAGAUGUCGCUCCCCCCCGCCCCGGAGGCCGCCCAGCUGCGGGUUGGCUCCGCUGCUGCGUCCGUAGCCGGGCAGAAGCGGAACGCGUUACGUGCGAGAGGUGAUUGAUUUUCUUGUUGUUUUUUUUUUUUUUGGUCGCCCUGCGAAGAGGAGGAAACCGGCGCCAAUCUUGGAGGAGGAGGGAAAUACGACCGGCUGAGCUUUUCCCUACCUCGGGCUGAACGUGAGUUCAGGUGACGCCGCCGCCGGCCUGCGGCUGUUUCACGGCACGGCCGGCUGCAAUCAGUGCCGGAGCCGCUCGCUUUACCUCACGAGGACCCUUCAGCCCCUUCUAUUGACGGGAGAGAUUUGUAUCCAGAGGAAAAUCGGAUUAAUAUAAACUAUGCGGAGCUUGGCGGGGAUAUCUGGAGACUAACCUGUCUGCAUGGCUAAUCUUGAAAUUGUCUGAAAUAAAUCCUCGGCGCAAGGAAGAGCGAGAUACUUUCAAUUAGUAUUUUUUUUUUCCCUGUUGGUGCUUUUCUUCCCACCCCUUUACACGAGUUUAACCCUUCAGCUCCGAGGUUUUUGUGGGAGAAUGGGACACAUGCCGGAAGAUUCCCUACGUCUGGUGAAUAUCACAGGGGUAACAGUUGCCGUCAUCCUUGCGGUAUGAAAGGUGCUGUGGGGAUGUGUGCUGCUGGCUGAGAUGGAUCCAUCCUUCUGUGUUGCUGUUAGCAAUGUGCCGAAGAUCCGGAUUUACUGAAGUACUGACGCCAAUAAACUUGCUCCUUCCCUGUUGAAGGCAUUGGAUAUGACAGCGCGGAGAAACAUGUGUUUCACAUUUCUGACUGGUUGUUUCGGUGCAGUCAAUACUUCCACAAGAAACAUUGACUUCGUGGGUAAUUAUAAUACGGUGAGGCACACAGAGUGCUGCUUUCAGGCUGCAUGCAAAGUGAGCACAAAUCAAAGAGCCCUCGGUUCCUGUGAAGUGGGGCUUUCUGUUCCCCCAAAACUCCGGGGCAAAGGCAGCUGGCGAUGUUCCCAGUCCACCAAAGAGAGCCUGGCCUCGGGGUGCCGAGUGAGCGAUGACCAAAGCGCUGUCAGGAGUGGCAGGCAGUCGGAUCGGAUGGGGAUCAGUGAGGCAGCGAUGGUUGGAAGGGAGCUGGAUCGUGAAAUUAUUGCCCGGAGGAAUAGCAGGCGAGACGAAAUGAUGAUGAAGUUAAACUUCUGUUUCUUCUUCUGUCGACGAUGGUGGGCGUUUCUGUUGCUACAGCUCCACAUGUUGCAAGCGCUGGCACAAGAUGAUGUUGCUCCAUACUUCAAGACAGAGCCAGGCUUGCCCCAGAUCCACCUGGAAGGAAAUCGACUCGUCCUUACGUGCCUUGCUGAAGGCAGCUGGCCCUUGGAAUUUAAGUGGUUACACAAUGACAGUGAAAUAACCACCUACUCCAGUGAAUACAAGUACAUCAUUCCAGCUUUGCAGAGGUCUGAUGCUGGCUUUUAUCAAUGCAUUGUGCGUAACAGAAUGGGGGCAUUGCUGCAGAGGAGAUCUGAAGUUCAAGUGGCAUACAUGGGAAAUUUCAUGGACACAAACCAGAAAAAAACAGUGACUGAAGGAGAAGCUGCAGUUCUAAACUUCAUGCAUAUCUUCAGCUAUCCAAGACCACAAGUGACAUGGUUUAGAGAUGGGCACAAGAUCAUUCCUAGCAGCAGAAUAGCCAUAACGCUGGAGAAUCAGCUGGUGAUCCUUGCAACGUCAGUGGUGGAUGCAGGAGGCUACUAUGUCCAGGCUGUCAAUGAAAAGAAUGGCGAGAACAAGACAAGCCCACUUAUUCAUCUCAGCAUAGCGAGUGCCACGGACCCAUCUGACACCACGGCUCCCAUCAUCGUCAUCCCUCCGCAGAACACGAGCAUUGUAGCAGGGAGCAGCGAAGUCACAUUGGAAUGUGUAGCCAGUGCAAGACCUGUUGAGAGACUAAGCAUAAUGUGGAAGAGAAACGGAAUAAAAAUCACCAGUGGAAUUAGCAGUUUUGGGAGACGCCUCACGAUCACCAACCCAACCUCUGCUGAUGUUGGAAUGUACUUCUGCGAAGCAGAACUGAGGGACAGCACAGAGGAACCAGCGAGAGCCAAAGCCUUCAUUUCUCUAAUGGAACCUCCAUAUUUUACUGCGGAGCCCGAGAGCGUGAUUUUGGCUGAAGUGGAGAAAGAUGUGGACAUCCUGUGCCAAGCAAUGGGUGUUCCCAUUCCUUCCCUGGUUUGGUACAAGGACUCCGUUCCCCUCAGCAAGCUGCAAAACCCCCGCUAUAAAGUCCUGCUGAGCGGGGGGCUGCGGAUCCACGCGCUGCGUCCUCAGGAUGCAGGGAUCUUCCAGUGCUUUGCCAGCAAUAAAGCUGGGGAGAUACAGACCUACACCUACCUGGAUGUGACCAACAUUAAGCCAGCAUUUAUACAGCCUCCAGAGGACACCACUGUGACUGAAGGGAUGACUGCCAUGCUGACCUGUGAAGUUUCAGGGGCUCCAAAACCUGCCAUCUCGUGGAAGAAAGGAAACCAGAUCUUAGCCAGUGGCUCAGUUCAGAUUCCUCGGUUCAUUCUUCUGGAAUCCGGAGGGCUCCAGAUAACGCCCGUGUUCCUUCAGGAUGCUGGCAAUUAUACUUGCCAUGCAGUCAACUCCGAGGGAGCUCUGAAUGCUUUUGUGAUGCUGACAGUGUGGAAUCGGACUUUCAUUGUUCACCCUCCUGAGAAUAGCACUGUGAUCAAAGGAACUACAGCCACUCUGCGAUGUGAAGCAACUCAUGAUCCUAGAAUUUCAAUCAGGUAUGUUUGGAAGAAGGACAGUGUUGUAAUAAAUCCAUCCAGCAGUUCCAGGAUCACAGUAGAGAAAGAUGGAACCCUCCUCAUCAGCCAGACGUGGUCGGGUGACAUCGGGGACUAUACUUGUGAGGUCAUUUCUUUUGGAGGAAAUGAUUCCCGAAUGGCUCGACUAGAAGUGAUCGAGCUGCCUCAUUCCCCUCAGAAUCUUCUGGCCAUCCUGAAUUCCUCGUACAGCCGCAGUGUGGUGCUUUCCUGGGUGCGUCCUUUUGAUGGAAACAGCCCCGUCCUCUACUACAUGGUCGAGGUCUCUGAGAACAAUUCUCCCUGGAAGGUUCACCUAUCAAAUCUGGACCCGAAGAUGACCAGUGUCACUGUGAGUGGACUCACCCCAGCCCGAACCUACCAGUUCAGGGUGUGUGCAGUUAACCAGGUGGGAAAAGGCCAGUACAGCUCCGAGACCAGCAGGUUGAUGCUACCUGAGGAGCCGCCCAGCGCCCCACCUAAAAACAUCGUGGCCAGCGGGCGCACCAAUCAGUCCAUCAUGGUCCAGUGGCAGCCUCCUCCUGAGAGUGAGCAUAACGGAGUUCUUCAUGGGUACAUCCUAAGGUAUCGUCUGGCUGGCCUCCCUGGAGAAUACCAGUAUAAAAACAUUACCAGUGCAGAAAUUAACUACUGCUUAGUGACAGACCUGAUCAUUUGGACCCAGUAUGAAAUCCAGGUGGCAUCUUACAAUGGAGCUGGGCUGGGAGCCUUCAGCAGACCAGUGACUGAGUACACCCUGCAGGGAGUGCCGACAGCUCCGCCUCAAAACGUGCAGGUGGAAGCCGUGAACUCCACCACCAUCCAGUUCCUCUGGAGCCCUCCACCCCAGCAGUUCAUCAAUGGUAUUAACCAAGGAUACAAGCUCCUCGCAUGGCCAGUGGAUGCUCCAGGGACUGUGACGGUGGUCACGAUUGCUCCAGAUUUCCACGGUGUUCACAGUGGCUGCAUCACCAACCUGAAGAAGUACACCACUUACUACACAUCAGUCCUGUGCUUCACCACCCCUGGCGAUGGGCCGCGCAGCGCACCGCAGCUCCUGCGCACUCUGGAAGACAAGCCGGGAGCUGUGGGACACCUGAGUUUCACUGAGAUUCUGGACACGUCUCUCAAGGUCAGCUGGCAAGAACCUGUAGAGAAAAAUGGCAUCAUUACAGGCUACCAGCUCUCCUGGGAGGUGUAUGGCAGGAACGAAUCCCGGCUCACCCGCACGCUCACCAACACAACUCUGGAGUACAAGAUCACAGGGCUGUCAUCUCUCACCACGUACACCAUCGAGGUGGCAGCUGUGACUGCGAAAGGGAGCGGGUGGGUCACGUCCUCCACCAUCUCAUCUGGGGUGCCUCCAGAGCUUCCAGGCGCUCCGUCCAACCUGGUGAUCUCCAACAUCAGCCCUCGGUCUGCCACGCUUCAGUUCCGUCCAGGGUAUGAUGGCAAGACGUCCAUCUGCAAGUGGAUAGUGGAAGGCCAGGUGGGAGUACUGGGUGAUGAAGAGGAGUGGGUGAGUCUCCACGAGGUGGACAAUGAACCUGAUGCUCAGAUGCUGGAGGUACCAAACCUUACUCCUUACACUCAUUACAGGUUCCGGAUGCGGCAGGUGAACGUGGUGGGUGCCAGCCCACUGAGCCAGCCCUCACGUGUCAUCCAGACCCUGCAAGCUCCUCCAGACGUGGCCCCCAGCAGCGUGAGCGUGCGCACGGCCAGCGAGAGCAGCCUGCGGAUGCGCUGGGUGCCCCUGCCCGACACGCAGUACAAUGGCAACCCAGAGUCCGUGGGGUACCGCAUCAAGUUCUGGCGCGUGGAUCUGCAGCCUUCUGCCCUGCUGAAGGUCAUCAACGACCGGCUGGAAAGGGAGUGCACCAUCGAGGACCUGGAGGAGUGGACGGAGUACGAGCUGCAGAUCCAGGCCUUCAACGCCAUUGGGGCAGGACCAUGGAGCGAAGUGGUGCGAGGUCGGACGCGGGAAUCCGUUCCCUCUGCUCCUCCUGAGAACGUGUCUGCUGAAGCCGUGAGCUCAACCCAAAUCCUUCUGACGUGGUCUGCAGUCCCCGAGUCAGAGCAAAAUGGUCUCAUCCUGGGUUACAAGAUACUUUACAAAGCAAAAGAUUUAGACUCUGAACCAAGGAGCCAAACAGUAAGAGGUAACCACACGCAGUCCUGCCUGCUAUCCAGCUUGCGCAAGUAUGUGCUCUAUGAGAUCCGGGUGUUGGCGUUCACUCGCAUUGGGGAUGGAGUCCCCAGCUCUCCUGCUGUUAUAGAAAGAACCAAGGAUGAUGCCCCCGGGCCACCCGUCAGGCUGGUGUUCCCCGAAGUGAGGCUGACAUCUGUGCGCAUCGUCUGGCAGCCACCAGAGGAGCCCAACGGCAUCAUCCUGGGCUAUCAGAUUGCAUAUCGGCUGGCCAGCAGCAGCCCCAACAAGUUCACAACGGUGGAGGUGGGCUCAACAGUCCGGCAGUUCACUGCUACUGACCUCACCCCCGAGUCAGCGUACAUCUUCCGGACAUCUGCCAAGACCCGGCAGGGCUGGGGAGAGCCUCUGGAAGCCACGGUGAUCACGACAGAGAAAAGAGAGCGCCCGGCCCCCCCCCAGCAGCUGACCACCCCCCAGUCCGACGUGUCAUCGCGGAGCCUGCGGUUGCAUUGGGUCCCUGGAAGUGAUGGAUCGUCACCCAUACGAUAUUUUACAGUCCAAGUGCGAGAGCUGCCCGAUGGAGACUGGCAAACCUACUCCUCUUCCAUCAGCCACGAGGCAACGUCCUGCAUUAUUGAGAGCCUGAACCCGUUCACCUCUUACAAGCUGCGUGUGAAAGCGACCAACGACAUCGGGGACAGCGACUUCAGUGCCGAGACGGAGGCGGUGACAACGCUGCAGGAUGUUCCUGAUGAGCCUCCCGGUUCUGUGCUGGUCACUCCCCACACCACUUCAUCUGUCCUUGUGCAGUGGCAGCCACCCAAAGCAGAGAGUCUGAACGGGCUGCUGUUGGGAUACCGGAUCUACUACAGGGAGCUGGAUUACGAUGCUGGGUCUGCCACCGAAUCCAAAGCUGUCAGGAACCCCUCAGCUUUAAGAGCUGAGCUCACACCCCAAAGCAGCUUCAAGACAGUGAACAGCAGCUCUGCAUUAACGACGUAUGAAUUAACACAGUUGAAGAAAUACAAGAGAUAUGAAGUGUUAAUGACAGCGUAUAAUGUCAUUGGUGAGAGCCCUACCAGCACGCCAGUGGAAGUGUUUGUGGGUGAAGCAGCACCAGCGAUGGCCCCACAGAACAUCCAAGUAAACUCCCUUUCUGCAAGCCAGCUGGAGCUCACCUGGGACCCACCUCCUGCCGACAGCCAAAAUGGGAACAUACAAGGCUACAAGAUUUAUUAUUGGGAGAGUGAUGUCCAGAAUGACACAGAGAAAGUGAAGGUCCUUUUCCUCCCUGAGACAACAGUCCGCCUCAAAAACCUGACCAGCCACACGCGAUACCUGGUCUGCAUCUCUGCCUUCAAUGCAGCAGGGGACGGCCCCAGGAGCAGACCCUCAGCAGGCAGGACACACCAGGCUGCACCCAAUGCUCCCAGCUUCUUGGCGUUCUCUGAAAUCACUUCCACGACACUCAAUGUGUCUUGGGGCGAGCCGACAGCAGCAAAUGGAGUCCUGCAGGGUUAUCGAGUAGUCUACGAGCCUUUGGCUCCCGUCCAGGGGGUCAGCAAAGUGGUGACUGUGGACAUUAAAGGGAACUGGCAACGCUGGCUAAAGGUCCGAGAUCUUACCAAGGGCAUGACCUAUUUAUUCAGAGUGCAAGCCCGAACCAUUGCCUAUGGACCUGAACUGCAAGCCAACGUCACAGCUGGGCCAGCAGAAGGGUCUCCCGGCUCCCCUCAGGAAAUUCUAGUGACAAAAUCUGCUUCUGGGCUGACAGUACAAUGGACUGAGGGGGAUUCUGGAGAAAAACCCACAACCGGGUACAUUAUAGAGGCACGGCCCUCAGAUGAAGGACUGUGGGACAUGUUUGUGAAGGACAUUCCUCGCAGCGCUACCUCCUACACCGUCAGCCUGGACAAACUCAAACAGGGUGUGACGUACGAAUUUCGGGUGGUGGCUGUCAAUGAAUUUGGCUACGGAGAGCCAAGUGUUCCCUCUGUGGCAGUAUCAGCACAAACAGAAGCCCCUUUCUAUGAGGAGUGGUGGUUUCUCCUGGUGAUGGCUCUCUCAAGUCUGAUCCUGAUCCUGUUGGUGGUGUUUGCUUUGGUCCUGCAUGGCCAGAGCAAGAAGUACAAGAACUGCAGCACAGGUAAGACUAUCUCCAAUGUGGAAGAGUCAGUCACCUUGGAUAAUGGAGGCUUCACUGCUCUGGAGCUCAAUAGCAGACACCUAAACAUCAAGAGCACAUUCUCCAAGAAAAAUGGAACCAGGUCUCCUCCUCGCCCAAGCCCAGGGGGGCUGCACUACUCUGAUGAGGAUAUCUGCAACAAGUACAAUGGAGCUGUGCUGACUGAGGGCUUGGGACUCAACGAGAAGCCCUUAGAAAUGUCGGAGUCAGAGGCUACCGACUCAGAUUACGAAGACGAGCUGCCAAAGCAUUCCUUUGUGAACCAUUACAUGAGCGAUCCCACGUACUACAACUCCUGGAAGCGGCAGCAGAAAGGGGUGAAGCACCCAACAUCCUACAGAUACGAGGAGUGCUCCGCCAGCGAGACAGAACCCUAUUUCCAGACUGUCAUCACGACACAGAGCUCAGGAGGGGUGUACACCCCAACGGGACAGCCUGCACCCGGCUCCCGGACUCCAGUGACAGGCUUCUCCUCCUUCGUCUGACACGGGGUGGGAGGGAAGAGCCCGGCCGCGAUGCCGGCACUGCUUGGGAUCAGACAGCAGUGACCAGCGGCGAACUGUGGGUAGCUUCUCUAUCAGGGUAGAGCGGAUGGGAACACGGAUGAGGCUGAUCUGGUUUUGUUCUUUAUUUGUCUUUUUUUUUCUUUUGUUUUGGGUUUGGGUUUUUUUGUUUCGUUUCGUUUCGUUUUGUUGGUUUUUUUUUUCCUGAAGACAAUCAAUUCUCAAAUCACGGAGCUGAACUAGCCGAACCUUUGCUUAAAAAAAAAUAAGGGGGGAGGGAAAGGAAUUCUGAAAAGCGAUGAUUUUAAACCACUUGUGAAUAGUUGGGGUUUUUUAACCACUUUUUUGUAACACUGCUUCAGGAAGCAGCUCCUGUGCCCUCUCUUCCCUCUUUCUUUCUCUCCCCUCUUCCUAUCCCCCCCCCUCCCCCCCCAUUUCCAAACAAGGAGGUGAAUUCCCCAGAUGCAAUGAGAGACUUUGUGAUGUGAUUCGAAGAGAAAACAUAAAACCUCCCAGGCUCCUUUUUUUUUCUUUUUCAUUUCCUUCUGCCAUCAGGGUCAAGAAGUUAAAAACAAGAAGGGACAAACUUAUACAUGAAAAGCAGACACCUCCUCUCUCCUCUCCUCUCCUCCUCAUUGCUCCCCAUGUUAGGAGCACUGGCUGAUUCACUUAGGCUCAGAUGUGUCACUGAGGCUGCUCUCAGCUCACUACUGGAGUUCAUAUGCUGAAUUGCUGACCUGCUUUCCCUUCUUUUUCAAAUGGGACCUGCUGGAAUCUUUAAAUAUUCCAACUCCAGGGCCUCUAGAAGAGCAGAUGUAUCAAAAGAGCUCUGUAGGCAGCAGUGGGUGAGACAAAUGGGAAGAAUUUGGAUGCAAGGUCAGUUUAUUUUUGGUGUGGCUCUAAUUCUCCCUUGUGGACUGCAUGUGCUGUUUGAGUUGUUCGUUUUCAAAAGUCAAAGGACAAAAUCCAGAAAGCCAGAGGAAUCUUUCAAUUAAUUGCAGUGACAAGCGAGAGAGUCUGCUAAUUGAUGAGGGUUUUGAUCAUGAAAGUUACCCUGCCCUGUCAGUAGAAACAGAGCAUUCUUUUUUGCCCAGACUCUGCAGUGAUGCUUACUGGUCUGUAAAAAAAUAAGUGGUACUUGGGUUUGUUUGAUUUUAUUUUUUUAGUACAAAGACACGUCACAUGGAUUGGGUGAGUUCUGGUGUCCACAGGUGCCUUUUAUUCAUUCUUCACCUUCAUAUCUAGGAGAAGCAACAAAGUGUCUCCAAAUAAAGCUAAUCAGGUUUUCAAGUUAGGGCUGUGAAUUAUCUUGUGCACAUUUAUCGGCUGCUUUGUGUGCUUGAAGCUACAGCCUUUGAAAAGGAGAGAGGACUUUUUGUUUAUUUUCCAUCCUUUUGUACAGCUCCCCUUUUGUUUUCUUUGUUUCUACCUUUUUCCUGACUCUGUUUAGCAGCACGUUGUUUGCUCACAAGGAAACUGUCAGGGCUUUAAAGGAACUGAGUGCCGCCCUUGGAUCUAGCAGCAUUCCUGGAUCACUGCACUUUUUAUCACAAGUAUGAAAGGCAAAUUUGAAAGGAGGCACAACCUCGCCACUCCAGCACCUGGCGUUCCCUUCCAGAUGGAUGUAGGUCAGCCAGGAGAACUGGCAUCCUGCUGCUUGCUGAUGUCUCACCAGGGCACGUGUGGGCACUGUUCCCAUUGCAAAUUGUCCCUGGAGAGAGGAAAAUUGUCCUCUCUAGGGAGAUGCAGGACAGCGAUGGCACUGGAUGAUAAUGUCUUAAAGGCAGGUUGUUGAAACCAACUUAAUGUUGAUGACACAGCCUGCCUGUCCGUGCUCUUAGGGCUGGUUAGAAGCUGCUUGGUUUCUUCUCACCUGAACAGGUGAGGUCCCAGCAGUCACCUUUCUGUGCCUCUCAGGCAGGGCAAACCAGCUUAGAACUGCCUGUGCUCUUUGGCACUGCCUCUGAGCCCUGCUGCUCUUGGUGCAUACAGAUUCUGGAUAGCACUGACACUGGAUUGUUGUUCUUCUCCAAAGGCUCCAGAAAGAAAGAAUUCAAAACCAAAAACCCCCUCGGAUGUGUUCAGGGGCUUUUGAGUUUGGAGUAAUGAUUCGUGGAUCAUUAAAUCACAAGGGACUUCUAAAGGUUACUUAAGCCAAAACCCUGUGAGCCAUCCUCCUCUCCAGAUCUGGGUAGGACAUGUGUGGGAUAGAGGAGAGGCUCUAAAGCAGGUUACUUGAGCUGAUGGUGAAGAGGAAUGCAAAACAAACAGGAAAAACCACUGCCUUCUCUGCACUUUGACUGUUCUCUUAAGCCAUACGGACUUUGCUUUAAUUACGGAACUGACAACGAAUUGUUUGCAGUCUGCAUUUUUUGGUUUCUUAGGCAAAUUUACCUGUGUGACUUUCCAUUUAGUUUUCUUUUUCCAUGCAUCAGAUUACUUAUUUUAAACCUCUUAUUAUACAUACAUGGGACACAAAGGUGCUAUUGCUGUUGGGGUGCUAAAUGGGCUCAUCCAAUGGCUCAGAGAGGCAGUGCUAUGGGAGUCUUUCAUGGACCACUGAGGGACUCGUGGAUACAGUUUAGAACAAGAUAGAUCACGUAUUGAAGAUCUUGCUCCAAAGGACAGCGUGGGGUGAGUAGCUUCAUAUCUCCUGAAUACUGCUGGAUCUAAACUGCUGUAAGGUGCAAUUAUUCCCUGGGACUGUUCCGAUACCACAUUGAGUAAAAA